AUGAGUCUGUCUUGCGCUGGAGUUUGUCAAGGUUGGAUAAAACAUGCCACCCUUAUAAAUAACUGUUAUCCUACAGGUCCUGGGGAGACGCUUCCAAAGUCAAGCGAACUUUCUUAUCUCGUUUUUUAUGCUAACUCGAAGCCUGCUAAACUAACUAAAUGUGGUGUUUAUCUGGAAAAAAGGGUAGCCACUGAUGUUCGAAAGAGAAGAAAACAGGAUACAGAAGUAUCAUUACAAAUUAUCAAGGUUCUUAUUGAUGAAUUUGAUACAGAAUUUACUUCCAUUUAUGAAAGCUUGAUCGACCAAUUUGCUAAAUAUGCUACGUGUAAAUAUGGUGAUCAAAAUUUAGAUCAAAAUUUAGAAAGAAGGUAUCGUUCUAUAGGUCUUUAUGCUCUUCAAGGAGCAGCAACUUCCAAUGCUUUAUAUGCGUCCGAUGCUAAAACACAAUUGCAAUAUAUCAUCCCAGCUAUAUUACAUAAUUUAACUGACGAUAAAACGGGCUUAGAAGCUUUACAAAAAAACGUUAACAAUCCGGCGGAUUCUUCUACACCAAAAUCGCGUCGAUUUUCGGCUAGUAUUGCAAUGAUUUCAACCGAAGAUAAUACUCUUCUUGCGUAUCAUUGUUUAGAACAAUUGUUUACAAUGUCAAACGCUUCUAAUUUACGUUAUUAUCUCGAACCUACUUUUACAAUUUUGGAUGAAAAUAAAUUUUGGUGGCCAAGUUCGUUUGGCAUUACCUUAAUUUUGGUUAUCCUUUCUUCCAUUCAGCAACAAUACCGUCAUAUACUAGUCGGAGAUAUAAUACAACGACUUGAGUCGUCAGGGAAUUCUGAUUUAUCCAAAAAAAUUACAUUUAUUGAGAUGUUAACAUCUAUUUUAACGAGUGAUUUAACACUUGUUGGACUUUCUGUAUUAGAAGUUUUGGAUUGUUUACUUAGUCAUUUGUUAAAUUCAUUAAAAAAUGAUGAUGUUAAAUUUGAGCAAGUUGACGUAGACUUAAAUUUGAAAACAGAUAAUACGUUGACAGAAAAAGCUCAAGAUUUGGAUACGAUAUUUAUACAGAGACUUAUAAUUUGCAUUGGUAGUCUCGCAACUCACAUUUACUAUGCCAACCAAAUCAGUGAUAUCGUAGAACGUAUUGUUCAACAUUUAAAAUUACAAGUUAGUACAGAAUCUCAACAGGGUAGCAAUAGCAGUAGCAGUUAUAUGACUGAAGGAAUACCUCUUAGUUUAUUACGUAAAGCGCUAUUAAAAUGUUUAAGUAUGGUUGUACUGACCAAUAAAGAAGCUGAGAAAAAGUCAUCGGGAAAUGCCAGAAGUGAAGUUCCUGUUGAAAUAUUUCAUAAUUCAAUUGAUUUAUGCACGGAUGAGGACCUUGGUGUAAGGAUCGCUUAUGCUCAAGUCCUUUCCACAUUUUUAAAUAAUGUUAACACAUCAGAGGAAUCCAAGGAAAUUGAGCCAAUACAGAUUACAUAUUUCAAUCAACCUGCUAUACACUUCCUGAAUACUCUACAUUUGACGUUAUAUAAAUAUACAUUGUUAAAUGAUUCAAAACCUGGUGAUAAUUUAGCUUUACUCGUAAUUUUACGUUCAUUAUUGAUACGGUUUAGAGCUGAUCAAAUUGUUCGAGGAAUUCCAGUUGUCUUCAAAUUACAAUCUGAAGCUAAAGACGAGAAACUUGAUGGGUUUUCUCGUCAACGAGCUUUGGCUAGUUUGAUUGUAUUAUACUUUUCUGAUAUUGCUCAGGUUUUGGAUAUUCCGGAAUUACAACAAUAUAUAGAAAAUAUACGAAAGGAACGUAUAGAAAAAUGUCAAUGGUCAACUUAUUUUAAGACAACCUCCUCGGAAAAUAAUUUAGACAAUGUAGAUUUAUCAUCGUCUUUUGAAGACGAGAUCACUAAUGAAAAUAAUCAAUCUUUACAACCCGUUGAUAUUUGGCUUGAUCGUCAAAUUAUAGUUCCUAUGCUAUGUAAACACAAAGAAAUUGAAAAUAUUGGUGGUGCAAAAUUAGAAGAAAAAUUAAUGGCAGAAUGGAGACAAGAAGAAGGAUUUGAGAAGGUCAAAAAAGAGGCUUAUAAAAUUAGGUCAUCUAGAAUAUUAGAGACCGAGAAACCUAGAUUAGUUGUCACUCCUUAUAUUAUGAACUUGGAAAAUAGUUCCGAUGACUUGACGCCUAAAGUAAAAGCCGAUAACUUCAAGGAAACUUUAGCUGUUCAAUUGAUGAAUGAUUCAUCAGAACAUGAAACAUCUGUCGCAUCAGAUAGAGAGUCAAGUAAUAUGGUUCCAAUUCAUAUCGGUAAAAAGAAAAGAAAGAAUUCCACGAAAAAUGAGGCAAGCGCAUUUUUAUCAACGAUCGAAGCAAGAGCCGCAAGCACCACGAGUUUAGUAAAUCCUCCUUAUCAAUUCUGA